AAUCUGGUGGCGGAGGCUACUCAUUCAGGGGGCACAGCUCAGAAACGAGAAGCUGGUCUCUCCAAUUCGUACGGCGAACCCCUCCCGCCCGAUGCAUACGGACCCCCGAGGGAUCUAUCUAAUACUAUUUCAGAUCUCCAGCAUUCUGCGCCUGCGCCGGUCUACGGAGUCCCAGACCUCCCUCUACUGAACCCUCCUCCCGGUGCCUACGGGCCCCCAGCUCCCGUAACUUUCCCCAACCCCAGCCAGACCUACCACGGCCCCCCACCGCCGCCAUCCAGACCGAAACCCGUCUACGGACCUCCGAAACCAGUAUACGGACCUCCGAAACCGGUAUACGGGCCCCCGAACCCACCUACGGGCCUCCAAAGAAGAUCUAUGGACCGCCGAAGCAAAGUCUGCCGAAACCAACGUAUGGAGUCCCCUUCAAGCCGCCAAAGAUUACCUUAA